UCCAAGAGAAAAUCUCUCAGUAAAUCUCUGCUAAAAACAAGACAGACUGCUUGAUUGAAGGGAGAGCCUGGCUGGUCUGGAAAUGGGUCUGCAAUGAGCAAGAGAGCCUCUUCUGGCUCGUGUGCAGAGAGGGCUGGCCACCUACUCCCCAUGCUGUGUUGCCCAGCGCAGCAGUCUGGGAGCUGACCUUGUUCGUGAAGACAGAGGCAAAAAAAGCCUUUGUGGCUUUAGCCUGCAAUUCUAAGCAGCUGGCAGCGUCAUUCCCCUGGGAAGGGAACAGCAAGUGACAGAUUGCUGCACUGUGGGAGCCAGCAGAGACUUCUUUCAAGGGGUUAAGUGACUCCAACUCCAUGUCCUCGAGCAACAUCGGGGCAGCUUAUCAAUUCAGUGACACUUAUGUCUCUGUUUUCUCCUCAUUUCCACUCUACUAAGGUCCCAAACAAUUUCUCAGUUUGGAAUGAAUUAGUCCAAAGGAGGAAAAUAUUCUUUCUACACCGGCAGAAGAAGCUACUGCUGUUCAAAACUGACUACAAUGUCUCAUUGCAUUGGACUCCUGUCCAUUGCCUCUAAACUGAACUUGCUGGUUUUGCUGCUUUCUGCAUUGUGCUUCUGUUCAUGCUUAAGUGACAGAAUUCCAGAGUUUGCCCUCACAAAAACGGAAGAAAGUGACUUAAAAGAAGAGAAUAACAAAGAGUCAGUAGCAGAGGAUGAUCUUGAUCCUGAAGACUUAGAAGUGUUUUACCCAACAUAUCAGUGGCAAACAGUCCGUCCAGGUCAGGCUGUUCCUGCAGGGUUACACGUGCGAUUAAAUCUUCAAACAGGGGAAAGAGAAGCCAGGCUUCCAGAUAACAAAAAUGAAAAAAGUGACAUGAAAGACCAGAAGAAAAGGAAAAGGCUGGACGAGAUGCAUAUCAACUCAAACUCAUUUACAUCACAGGAACUCAAAGAGGCUUUGGCUAAAAUGAAGGAAAAAGAAAAGACAGAAAGCACAAUGGAACAAAAGACUAAUCUGGAAGAUGUGAGACAAAGGUUUCGUCCCAUAGAAGAGCUGAAGAAGGAGUUUGAAGAACUCAACAUGAAGAUAGAAACUGAUUUUGAAAUUAUGGUGAAAUUAAUCAACAAAUUCAAUAGCUCUACUUCUACUCUGGAUGAAAAAGUAGCAGCACUGUACGACCUUGAAUAUUAUGUUCAUCAGGUGGACAAUGCAAAAGACUUUCUUUCCUUGGGUGGACUUCAGCUUGUGAUUAAUGGAGUAAACAGCACCGAGCCUGUGCUAAAGGAACAUGCUGCCUUUGUCCUGGGAGCUGCACUAUCUAGCAAUCCCAAAGUUCAGGUGGAAGCAAUUGAGGGUGGUGCUCUACAAAAACUGCUGGUUAUUUUGGCUACGGAACAACCAUUCGCUGUGAAGAAAAAGGCUCUCUUUGCUUUGUCUUCGAUGCUGAGACACUUCCCCUAUGCCCAGCUGCAAUUCCUCAAGCUUGGUGGCCUUCAAGUACUUAGAAAUCUCUUCAAAGAAAAAGGCAUGGAGAGUCUCUACAUACGUGUUGUGACGCUGCUCUACGACCUGAUUUUGGAAAAGAUGCUGCUUGAGGAUUCAGAGAACAAGGAAGACCAAAUGGAAGAGAAAGUUCAGCAGUACAAACAAGUGAACCUGGUGCCAGCUGUGGUGGAACAGGGCUGGUGUGUGAUUAUUUCCAACCUCCUGGCAUUGCCGGAGCAUGACACUCGAGAAAAAGUUCUAAAAACAGUGCACAUUCUGAUGGCCGCCUGCAGGGACGGAUACCAAGGGGACUAUGCCCUCAGCACCACACUGAGCAUGCUCCGCACCGAGUACGAAGAACUGGCAGCAGAAGAACAAAGGGAAGGGGACAAAGAUGGCUAUUUUAAGGAACUCCUUAGCUCUAUAAAUACCAUUAUUCAGGAGUUAAGAUCAGGAUAUCUGUAAUCUGACUGAGCUUUAAAAAAAAAAUUCAUGACAACCUGGUGAAUUUUGAUGGACAUGCAUAAACAAACUAUUGAGUAAAUUGCUGGUCUAAGCAAAAUCCCUCCACAAGGCAAGUGAGCCAACAGCUCCAUUAUUAAAGAAAGAUACAAACAUUUUGGGGAGUAUUUUCAUUUCACAUCUUGGUCCAUACUAAUAUACCAGAUGAUGGGAUAUAUGUGUUAAAGGAAUAUUGCAUCUUGUCCUCAACCUCUAAUAUGUUUAAUGUAAGUGACAGAAUGUUUAAAUCUGUUUAGUAAAAUGUAGAUUCUUCAGGUUCCAAAGAACGGAUGCAUUUUUGAUCACGUACUUGCUAAUUCAGGCAACUAUACAUCUGUGCUUUGUAAAGGAAAAAGACUUUCCCACGCAACUGUGA